AUGGAGUACCUCAAUAACUUCAUAGCCUCGGCCUCACCUACGUUUGAAGGAUGGCAGCAGAAUCCAGGCCAGGACGCGUCUGCGCACGCGCCUACAACAACCUCCACUCCCUCUGCGAGCAACAGAUUUGUCGGCUUUGAUGGUGGCGACUACACUGGCUGCGAGUUCCCCCUUUUAGAGCGGCUGCUCAAUGGCGACGAUAUUAUUAUGUUAGGACAAGUCUUUGGCAAGGAUCUAGCCAGUGAAAUAUUCCAUGGUUUAAGUAACGCUAGAACGAAGAUCAAGGCUCUUGAGGCCGACAAUCUGCGGAUGGAGGAUGAAGCAGUUCAAGGAAACAAGGUUAUCGAGGAGUUGCGCCAGCAACUCACUCUCGCUGCUAGAGCUCCGCCAGUGCCUCCGAGUUCAGCUUUCGCUACAUCAGCCUUUCGCUCUCAGCUUUCAAAGGAACACCCUGAUCCACGACCUUUUGGUAGCCCUGCCUAUCGAAGCCCCGACGAUUUGGAGGAAUUUCUCACUAAACUCAAUAUGAAGCUUAUGCAGAACGAAGACUGGUGGACAACUGAGGUCGCUCGUAUGAGAUAUGUUUACAGCAUGUUAGAAGCUAAGGCGGCUACAACUUUUCAAGCAUACCUCGGUCGAUCCGGUAAUUUUGAAGGGAUUAGCACAGUCGACGAGAUGCAGGACAUCCUUGUUAGGGGCUUUGGUGACAAGCAUCGAGCCUCUAAAGCAUUUUCCAAGAUCAUAGCACUCAAACAAGGUACAACCGACACUACAACCUUUCUCGCUACAUUCCUGAACCUCACAGCUAUUGCGAAGAUCGACAAGAGCGUGGCCAAGGAGUUCCUUCUCCGCUCUACGAACCCUCUGCUUAUCGACAAGCUCUAUAACUCGCCACAAUAUACUGCAAAGAAAACCGCCAUAACACUUACUGAAGUGGUGGAUUUGCUCCGAGACAUCGAACAUUCUGCUCAAUCGCUUUAUGGGAUCAAUUAUCUGAGGAAGGAACACGUUGCUAGAGGGGGAGGAGGAGGAGGAGUAACCCCGCAGACAGGUGUUACACCCACCCACGGAGACCCUAUGGACCUUGAAGCUGCUCGAUUACAUAAUAGCAACCUUGCUUGGACUAAGCACGACAUCGGCAACAAGAGGAGGGCAGUUACGAAGGAGGAGAAGGAUGCUCGCCGCUCUUAUCAAAUUCAGCACAACCUAUGCUUCUAUUGCGACUCUGUUGCUCAUGGCGUUGAGGAAUGUCCUAAGGCUGCGGUGGCGAGAGCCCGCAAGGAAGCUCGGGAUGCUGGCCAGGGAAAAGCCUGAUCCUUGAUAAUCGACGCUGUCAAGGAUUGUUGGACACCGGAGCUACUGGCGAGUGCUUCAUGGACCUCUCCUUUACGCAACAAAACAACUUUAACUUGAUCAAAUUAACCCAGCCUCGCGAACUACGGACUUUAGAUGGCUCCUUGUCUAAAUCAGGGACUAUUACUCAUUAUGUCGAACUUGAACUCGCUAUCGACAAGCAUAUUAUCCACCAACAAGGGUUUUUUGUUACUAAACUAGCCUCUCAUAGUGUUAUUAUUGGCUACCCAUGGAUGUAUAAGCACGACCCUGUGGUCCGCUAUCAGGAAGGACUGUUGUCUUUCAACACCGAACACUGUCGCAAGCACUGUCUACCUUCUGGCUGCUAUCAAUUACCAGUUCGCUGUACAGACCUACCAAAACCUAAGUCGGCUAAACAACAGUUCGACAUUGCCGCGAACACAGCCUCACUCCCUCGCCGCGUAGGUCCUAUACAGUUUAUGUCUAUUUCAAAGAGGAUAGGUACUGAAGUCUUCGCGCUCUCCUGUCAUGAGAUAG